AUGGCUUCGAAGGGGGACAUUGAUCGCAAAGACCCCGUUGUUGGGGACAACGAUUCCAAUUCAGAUGAUAAAGGAAAAAUUCGACAUAUCGAAAACGAUGGGAAAAUCUUGGCCGAACUACCUGAUGUCGCAGUUGAGUCGCCGCAAGCUUUUGGACCUCCAGAGCUCAUUCGCAAUAUGAGCCCUGGGGAGAGACAGGAAGUGGAGAAACGACUUAAGAGGAAGAUUGAUCUGCGACUAAUGCCUAUGAUUGUCCUGAUGUACAUUUUAAACUACCUUGACCGUAACAAUAUCGCAGCUGCAAAGUAUGCUGGUAUUAUAGAAGAUUUGAAAUUAAAGGGCACAGAGUUCCAAACGAGCGUGUCAAUACUCUUCGUCGGAUAUCUUCUGAUGCAGGUUCCUUCGAACCUUGUUUUGAAUAAGAUUGGCAAACCAGCAAUCUAUCUUCCCGCAUGCAUGGUUGUUUGGGGCGUCAUCUCUACCGCCACAGCUGCGUGUACAAAUUUUGGUGGGCUUCUUGCUUGCCGAUUCAUGUUAGGUUUUGUGGAGGCAGCUUAUUUUCCCGGAUGUCUCUAUUACUUGUCAUGUUGGUACACUAGGAAAGAACUCGGUUUCCGAACGGCAGUAUUUUACUCGGGGGCUUUAAUCAGCGGUGCAUUUUCCGGCUUAAUUGCUGCGGGAGUCACAGGAAAUAUGGAUGGUACCCUAGGGCACCGAGCAUGGCGUUGGCUCUUUAUAAUUGAAGGAGUGAUUACCAUAGGCGUCGCAGUGGUGGCGUUUUUCAUCCUACCUAACUUCCCACAUACCACUUCGUGGUUAACAGAAGAAGAGAGGCAGUUGGCUGUAUGGCGGCUCGCAGAGGAUGUUGGCCAGGAAGAUUGGGAAGGUUCUGAGAAGCAGUCUUUCAAGGAGGGGCUGAAGCUCGCAUUUUCGGAUAUCAAAACAUAUGUGCUGAUGGUCCUUUUAUUUGGAAUUGUCGCCUCCGGGACCGUUACAAACUUCUUCCCCACCGUGGUAGGCUCUUUGAAAUACAAGCCGGUCCCCACGCUGCUCUUGACGGUGCCGCCAUAUGUACUAGCUGUUAUUACAACAUUUUUAAAUUCCGCCCACGCAGAUAAGACUGGCGAAAGAUUCUUUCACAUCACGAUUCCUCUUUGCUUCGCAAUGGCUGCGUACAUCCUUGCUGCAGCAACUACGAAAACUGCUCCCAGGUACCUCGCCAUGAUGAUUAUGGUUCCCGGAGUCUAUACAGGUUAUGUAGUUGCUUUAGCAUGGAUCAGUAACUCUCUUCCCCGACCGCCGGCGAAACGAGCUGCUGCUUUGGCAUUCAUCAACGCAAUAUCCAACACGAGUUCCAUUUAUGCCAGUUAUAUGUACCCUAAUACCGCAGGACCGAGAUACUUGAUUGCCAUGUGUGUCAACUGUGGUACAUGCAUAAUGGCUAUCGCUGCAGCCUUGACAUUGAGGGUGAUGCUUGUCAGACUGAACAAGAAGUUGGAACGAGGCGAAUAUGUCGAGGGGGCGAUCAAUGCUGUCCCAUCAGAAGCUGGCGCGAAGGGGUUCAGGUUCAGGAUUUAG